AGACUAUUAAUUGUUGUUUAAAAUUUCAACCUAUUAUUGUUGUCAUUUUCAUAUUACGUCUUUUCAUUUAAGUUAACUAUUAAUAAAGUAGCUUAAACAACGUCGUUGAUAGACGUAACCAUGGAGAUAUAAUAUGUCUAUCAGAGUGUAAACCACGAACGGAAUAUCAACAUUGUACAACAAUGGGAAAAGUAAAAGCUUGUAGGAUUUGUUUACAAAUGGACUUGAGACUAGAAAAUUUACACUCGAACUUUUUGGGAGUUUAUUACGAAAUAAUAACUGGUUUGAAUAUUAGUGAGAAUGAAUUGCCGGGUUAUUUUUGUUAUGAAUGUGCUGCUUUAUUGAAGAAAUUCUAUAUAUUUAGACAGAAAAGUCUUAAAGGUCUAGAAGUGUUGCAGGGUGUUCUAAAUACUUAUGGCAAGAUUACAGAGAACACCAUUAAAAAAAUGCAAAAGAAAAUUUGUUAUUUCAAAUCCGGUUUAAGUGUUUUUAAUGGUUUUUCAAUCAAUAUUUUUCCUGAUGGAGUUGUAGAUAUCAUGGAAAACGAAGAUCUGUCUGUGGACAAUAGCUAUGAUUACAAAAAUAUAGAUAGUUCUUUAGAUUUUUAUGAUUCAGUUAAAGAAGAUUCUUCUGAAAAUCUAAGUAGUGAUAUUGAAGAAAGUUAUAUAGAUUGGUUAAGUGAUGAGGAGGAUGUUGAAAUAGAUAGUAGUAUAACAAAUAUUGAAAAUGAGACAAUAAUCAACAAAGAGUCAAAUGUUGAGUCAAAUGAUGAGUCAAAUGUUGAGUCAAAUGAUGAGUCAAAUGAAGAAACAGUGGAGCAACCAAGAACCUCAAAAUUAAAAAAUAAAGUAAAAGUAUACAAGACACCAGUCCAACUUUUAAGAAAGGAUGUUAUUCAGCCAAAGCAAAUUGAAGAUUUUAAUUUUGAAAACUAUGUCAAUGUCAUCACAUUUACGGAAGAAGAACAAAAAGAAGAGAUAAGAAAACGUAAAGAUACAGAAAGUUACCAAACGGCACCAUUUAAAUGCGAGUUCUGUUUUAAAGUAUUUUUGGACCCGCAAACAUGGCAACACCAUAUGAAGAAACAUGAUGUGUCGUCAGGUAUGGCGCAGUGUAAAAUCUGUAAGUUGCGUUUUAAGUCAAAACGUCGUCUUAAGAAUCACGUGAUGUAUCACGCCAAGAAGUAUAAAUGCAAAUACUGUUCAUACGUCUCGCGAACUACAUCACAAGGUUGGAAUCACAUAUUCUGGCAUCAAGGCGUUUUGUACCAGUGUCCACACUGUGAAGAAAUGUUUUCCCAAUGGACUUCGUACCUCAGCCACGUGCGAAUAAAGCAUCCAUCGGACUACAUCUGCCCUCACUGCGGCUACUCCUUCUUGUCACAACACGGUCUCAAAAUGCACAAGAAUUUGAAGCAUCGUGGUGUCGCUGAUCUAAAUGAAAACGACGAGGAUCUCCCAUACUGCUCGGUAUGCGAUAUGAAGUUUGCGUCAUUUGAGGCUUACAAUCGGCAUAUGGCGACCGCGAAGAAACAUAUAGUGGAAUCUGAAAAGAAAAAUGGAUGUCGCGAAUGUGGUGAAAAGUUCUCUAGUAUUGACGAGUUGCGAGCUCAUUCGCGUACUGCGCACAGGCACAAAGCGUGUAAGGCCUUACUCAAGCGAUACAAAGUGAAGUCGGACAGUCGAACUUGGCCCACGAAAUGCUCGCUUUGCUCUGAAGAAGUAGCAAACGCGCGCCAGUACUGGUCGCAUUUCAGACGGGAUCAUCCCAAUGAAGAUUAUCCCGUAGAGAAGAAAUAUGUCUGUGAUAUCUGUGGAAAAUCAUUCCGGAAAAACUCAUUCUUAACCAUUCACAAGCGCAUCCAUAAUGGUGAAGUACCCUUCAAAUGCAACGAAUGCGACAAAGUUUUCUCGAACAAAACCAAUCUUCAGAUGCACGAGAGAUGGCAUUCUGACGAGCGGCCAUUUAUUUGCAGCGAUUGUGGUAAAGGGUUCAAGGUGAAAACGGCGCUGGAUAGGCAUUUCCGAUGUCACACUGGUGAGAGGCCGUACAAGUGUAAAGUGUGCGGCAAAGCUUUCGCCCAAUCCAACAGUGUUAAAGUGCACGUCAAUACGGUACAUCUCAAACAACCGUACAUCAGGCGAACUCGACUUAAGAAAAGGGUCAAGAAGUUAGCAGACACGACUGUACUAUAUUGUACAUAGACAUUUUUGUGAAAUUAGGUAACAAAUGUAUGUUAAUUUUAUAAAUGAAACAUGUUUCAAGAAAGUACAAACAGGUUCAGAAAAAAAAGUGAAGGCCAGCGGUGAAUACCAAAAAAAGUAUGUUUAAAUGACUUUAAUCAAACUAUUACAAUUAUUGAACUUAAUUUAAUAUGCCAAUUGAUAUGAGGCGCACGAUAAAUAAUCCAUAUUUUAGAUUUAUUACAAUAUGAGGUAUCCGAUCUAAGGUGUCGAUGUCAGUACGCUUUCAUUUUAUAAUAGUGUUGGUUCAGAGGGAUGCAAAUAUUGCUUAUGCAAAGGGAGUGUCAUGAGUAACAUAAGUCUGUCAAUAUUUAUUAAAAUGCCGCA